AUUUUAUAAGUUAAUAUGAUUUCGUUGGGGCGUCGUGAACAGUUCACCUCUGGCAGCCCAGAUCUGCAAGACCUAUUUCUCGAAUUUCACUCGCUGUAUCGCAAGAUCAGCCCGCGGGACGGCAAUAGCUUGUUUCGGAUGAUAGCGGAGCAGAUGUACGACUCUCAAUGCAUGCAGAACGACGUACGGCAGGAGUGUGUGCGCUACAUGACGCUAAAGCGGCGUAUAUUUGAGAAGCAGAUUGCCGGCGACUUUGAUGAGUAUGUAAUGAAAAUGUCUAAACCUCAGACGAUGGGCACAAUGAUAGAGUUGCGUGCCCUGUGCCUCUUGUAUCGACGCAAUGUUCGUCUAUACGAACCCUUCAAAACCUUCGAGCUGGUGACCUUUAAUAAGCGCUAUAUGGAGUAUUUUUCUGUUUACUACACGAAGGAUCAGCAUUUUGAUUCGAUUUACACAAUUGAAGACUAUAAGGCGUUGGCCGUGGCUCAAGCAGUAUGUUAUAAGAUGCUCUUCACAGAUAUCUUUAAGUUGCCCGAUGUCAGCUAUACCGUUGAGAAGAUGCUCUAUUCUGGUAGAUUCAAUAAUUGCAGCAUUAAGGAGUGCUGCAGCUUCUACAAUCGCAAAGGCUUGGCCUUGUCCUGUGUGUGUCAAUUAUUGGGCAACUUUUGUAUCCCCUUCCCCUAUAAGGUGGCAAAGAUGCUGGAUCCGCACACAUAUCGCAAUAUGGAUCGGAGCUCGUGCCGAGACUCGAAAAGGACGGAAUAUCUAGAUAAAAUCUAUACCGUGGGUGCCAUGUGCCGCGUAGACCUGUCGGCAGACAAUUCACAGAUUGGCUACAUUCAAGAAAUAUUCAUCGAGACGCAAUCUUGCCUCGUCCAUAUAGUAUCUAUGGCAAAGAAGUUGCAGAUGCCCUUGGCCAAUGUGCAUCCGUUGCCACCCAAAGACGUUUGCGUCUACCAAGGCAAUCUGAUUUAAAGCAUCGAUCGUCAAAUACAACAUCUGAUUUUGGCAAGGCAUCCAAACUGGUUAGCUUCAGUGCUCACAGUCAGCGCAACAAGAAUUCUGCUUAUCCUGUCGGACAGCUACUAACACUAAUCAAUAAUGACUACAAUCAAUUGCCACUUCUCUUACAGCAGCAGUAAGAAAACUUGCAUAUAUAUACUAGCUAUAUAUACUUGUAAAGUGUUUAAAUAUACGUACAUUAUA